CGAGCUUCACCAUGGCAUCUGCGAAAUUGUUUCUUGCUAUGGCCAUUUUGGCCACCUUCUCCAUUUCCGUGAAUGCCGGAUUUCUGGACUACAUUUACCCCACCGUCAUGGCAGAGUUCUAUAGUCUGGCACCUACAAAAGAGGGUUAUCGUUUCAACUUGGAGGAACCAAAUGGCAGCAAACGUGAAGAAAUCGGUGUAGUAAUGAAUCCCGGCACAGAUGACGAACAGCUCGUCGUAAUGGGUACCUACACGGUUUACGAUGAGAAAACCGAUAUCGAAACAAUUACGAUGUAUACAGCCGAUAAGGAUGGUUAUAAGCCACGUUAUAUGAUCAAGAAUCGCAAAUUGAGCCCUGGCGCACUGAAGUCUGCGGCCGGUUAAGAUGAAAAGUAUUCACUUAAGUUAA